AUGAAGAUCGUAAAAUACAUAUUCGGGGCGUUGAUUCGCACUAACACGGCAAAUGGGGAUGAUGAUAUUCGAAAACAACAGACUGGCAGCAAAAUCGAGGACAUCCUUGGAGCAACUGCGCCGAAUCGAUAUCUCGGUGGCACUACAUGGACAGCAGAAAACCCGAGAACACCGUGUCGCCUUGUACUCACAGACAAUCAACCUAUCAAGAAAUAUGGAGAUGAUUCUUCCUUGUAUCAAGUGUCAGCGGGUGGCGACCGUUGCCGUGUUGCAGCCUCUCUUUGCCUUAAGUUAAACGGUAUGGUUUCAAUCAUAUCAUCAUCGGGGAACGUUACUGCGGAAUUCUUUUUCUGCAUGUUUGUUUGGGGAUGGUUUGGAAGAAGCGACGAAGAAAUCCUGGACUGGCCAGGUAACGUGGGGCGCGACAAACGAUGGGACUGUAUUUGA